GACGACCCGAUCGGCCCGGGCGAGAUCUGCUGCCGCCGCGGCGCUUUCCAAAAGGGCGAGGGAUGUAGUGUCCGAUGAGGCCGCUGCGUUAAUCCAUCAUAAAUAUAAGUGUAAAGAUGAAGAAUGUCUGAGUAUGGGCACUGGAUGUUACAGGUGAAAGGAAGAUAAAGAGCAUGCAGUUGAGAUGGCAGUGAGACACAAGAAAGGACUGAAAGGCUCCAUUGAUGAUGUCCUAAGCGAUCUUCUUGCUGAUGAUGAUGAUAUUCCCCUUAAAUCUAGUAAGCCUGCCUUAUUUGUUAGCAGUGGAGGGAGACCCAGAGGAAUUGCCUCACAGGUCAACAAAAAGAGCCUUCUGGACGAUGACUUCUUUAGUAAAAUGUCUCACGAGAAGGAGGCAGUGGCAGAGGAUCCUGAUAUCUCAGAUGUAGACCCAGAUGAUCUUCUAGAGACCUUGAAGGAUAUGGAUGCCAUGGAAGCAGAUCUUUUGGGCAUUAAAAAAACAAAUUCUGGACCUAUUCAGAAACCCAUAAAGGAUGCAGAGAAAUCUCAGCCUUUAAUUGAGCCAGCAGUUGCUAAGAAAGCAGUAGUUAAUGAGAGAGGGGAUUCUGUAAGUGGAAUGGAUAAGAAGCCAAGUACUGUUGCUGCCACAUCCAAACAGCUGAAACAGAAGUUGUCCUUUGAAGAUAUAGAUGACCCUUUGGCUGGCCUUUUGUCCGAUGAGGAAGAGGACAUGGUGAAGAAGGUAUAUUCCUCUGGUAUUAAAAGUUCUCCAGAAACUAAUGCUGGAACGCCUAAAGAGAAAGGAACGCCUCUGCCUGCCACACCUGGCCGUGCUGCUGUUGCCCCUGAGCGGAAAAAGGAGGAGCUGGUAUUUGAGGAUGAUGGGCAUGACCUCAUGGACGCUCUGGGGUUUGGUGACAGUUCAAAGGCAGAGAUGAAAGCUGGCAGAAAGGGCGAAGAGGGGGAGCCUCGUCCUGCUCGAUCCAUGCUGGAUGAAUUGCUGGGAAGAGGAACAGCUACAAAACCUCUAGAGCGGCCAAGCAUAGGAGAAGCCAAGGAGUUCAAACUGGAUAAGAAAUACAAAAAGCAAGCAGAUAAGGAAGAUAUUUGGGGAGAUGAGUUCACUUUUGGAGCCUACCAGCCCACUGUGGCCUCUGCUCCAGAAGGACGGCAGUCAAGACGCCAGUCUGUCAGAUUUUCCUCUGAGAACCUCAGUGAGUUGAAAACAGACCAGAGAUCCAAGCCUUCCACCCCAGUAUCUGCUAGCCCUAUCCGCAGCAAGGCUGGAGCUGAUUGGCUGGGAUUGAAAGAUGAAGAUUUUGACUCGCCACCUCCUUCUCUGCCGAAGGAAUUUAGCAAAGGCAACAUAAGAGGAGGUGCUACAGAUAUGUCCCAUAGUCCUUCCAAUGAUGAGCAUCCUCUCCCGACAAGAUCGAAGCCAGCUAUUGAAGAAAGAACACAGAAUCCUGAACCCACGAAAGACGAUGGUGACAGCUGGCUGAGUAACAUCUUAUCUCAGAAGAAAUCUCAAGCACAGGAGAAGGUGGAGGAGGAGAAAGCUGAACCCCCAGACCCAGUGAGCUAUGGAGAGGAGGUGGCUCCUGUCCCUCUCUCCAGCCACCCUGCUACUUCCACACAAAAGCAGUCAAGUGUGCAUACACAUAGGGUUCCCACACUGAAAGAAUCUGGGCCUUCCAUGACAUUGUUAAAUGCUCAAGAACAAGCUGCUCCCGUUGUUUUAUCCAGUUCUAGGAAAGGAACUCCCUUUGGAGAUAUCAUCAAGGAAGCACCUGUAGCUUCUUUGCAAAGAGCCCAAGAAGAGCUCCAGAUUCCAGCAGUCACCCAGGACAAGCUUCUACACUCAGAACACCCUCCAUUAUGUUUACCCAGUACCAGUGAGAAUGAGAAAAAACUGGCCCGUGUGCAAGCGCAACUGCGAGAGAGUGUUGCAAGCUACCAGGCAGAGCUCUUGAGUGCCCAGACUCGCCUUGCCGAACUGGAAGGCCAGGUACGUCGACUGGAACUGGAGAAGCAUCAGCAAAAACUGUUGCUGGAAAGUCUGCAGCAGCGUUACCAAGAUGACUUGGAACUCGUUGAGAACGCUCACAGGAAUCGCUUAAAGGUAAUUGAGGACUCAUACCGCCAGCGGGAGGAGCACUUCCGGCAAGAGAACCAAGAACUGGCCGAGCGGUACCUCUCCCACUGCCAGAGUGCAGAGCAAGCCAAAUCAGAGCUCUUGGCCCAACAUCAGCGCAGACUCACUGAGGUGGAGCAGGAGAAGGUCAAGGAGAUCGAUAGGCUCCGGGAGCUUCAGCGGUUGUCCAUCCUGCAGAUGCAAAAAGACCAUGAGGAGCAACUACAGCGGUUGAAACGACUGAAGGAUCAGGAGAUUGACGCUGUAACCAGCGCCACCUCAUACACCAGGUCUUUGAAUAGCAUCAUUGACCAGAUGGAGCAAUUCUCUAGCAACCUGAAUGAUCUCUCCAGUAAAGUGGAGGCCACCCACCACACUACAUCCCAAGGGCUGGAGAUUGGCACCCGCCAAAGAGAGGAACAACACCGGGUACUGCAAGAUCGUCUGGCCCGUCAACAGAGGGACAUGGAAGAAGAACGAGGCCGGCUGCAAGCAGUCAUCUCUAAAAUGGAGGCCAGGCUGAAUGAGCAGACCCGCCUCCUGGAGCAGGAACGCUGGAGAGUGACAGGAGAGCAAUCUAAAGCAGCGUCCUUACAGCACUCCCUAGAAGAACAGAGAAGAGUCAUGACUCAGCAACUGGCCAUGGAAAGGGAAGAGCUGGAGAGGGCAAAGAAUGCUUUGCUAGAGGAGCAGAAAUCUGUGAUGCAGAAAUGCGCCGAGGAGCGUCACAAACUUGCUAUGGAAUGGUCUGAGUUUCACACCCAACAGAGGCUAAGUAAGGAGCGCACUGAGCGGGAAGUGGACCGAGCUCUUCAAAUUGAUUCCCAACGAGAAGGGGCCAUCAUGAGCCUUGCAAAGGAACAAGCAGACCUGAAAAUUAGAGCCAAUGAGCUGAGAUCCAAGGAGGAGCAACUGGCAAGAGAGCAGGAGAUUCUCGAGCAAGAGAAGCAGCAGCUGAGAUUGGAAAAGGAAAGAGUAAACGCGGCGGCAUUGAACAUCAAACAGAGGGCAGAGGAAAUAGAAAGUAUGAGUAAGCUAUCCUCACAGAGGUAUGAGGAGGGAGAGCAAGCCCUCCUGGAGGCGAGGAAGAUCGAGUCAGAGCAUCAGGCAAGGCUGCGUGCCGUGCAGCAGCAGAUGGAACGACUCAGGCAGCAGGAGGAAUAUUUGCACCAGGAACGCCUAAAUUUGUCACACCAAAGGAGGCAGCUUGAACAGCUGCGGGACAAUCUUCCAAGCAAUCCACUGUUGUUCCAGACCACAUCCCAGAUGCCAUUAUCAGGCGCGCAGGCCAACCUGAUAUCCAAUCUGCCAUAUUUGCCAGCUCCUGCUACUGACCUACCUAAAGUUGACCUAGGCAACUCUGAAGUGUCCCAGGAUCUUCUAAGGAUGAAACCAACAGACCUCUAUGCCAAACUGGUGCUACAUAAGCUUACAGCUGACAGGGACAAUGAUUUUUUGGAAGAGGAGCGAUUUUUCUUGGACACCCUGAAGAAAGCUUCAUACAAGACUUCCUCCCAAACUGUAUGAGAACUGAUGAGCCCUGGAGAUAGCACUAGCUAGACUGGGGUUUCCUUUAAUAAAGAUAUAUUUUGA